AUGACAACAGACGUCCACGCCUGCAAGAGCCUGAGCCCAUGCGACGAGAGCGGCGUCGCCCUCAACGCGGCCGAACUCGCGCUCGCCUUCCGCCGCGCUGACGACGACGGACCUCUGCAGCUCACGGUGCAGUCGCUGCCCUACGUGAAGCGCCGCGAACAUGCGGACAAAACCGCUGCGCUGAGCGUGGACGCGAGCGGUCGCCGCCGCGUCUCCGUCGGCUGCAGCGCGACGUCUGAUCCCCUGCAAGCGCCUCUGGAGCCCGCGGACAAGUUCUUGAUGUCGCUCUCGUACUCGGUCCCGUGUCCCACGCGCGUGAGCAACACGCCGCGGGGCAGUCCCGCGGUCGACGUCAUUGCCACGUACAUGAACACGUGCGACCAGCGGACGGUGAAGCUGGAGCUCAUGCGCGCGCACGCGCGCUUUGCCUCGUCUCGAGGUGGUCCGUCUACUCGCACACGCACGUCGUCCAUGGUGAGCAAAGAAGGCAGCGCCGAGUGGGGCUGGUUCGCGGACAUCGACUCGAGCAGCGAGAGCAGGGGCAACGACGGGUCCGUCCACUCGCUCCGUCGGCGACUGAGUGCUGACCUGGGGCUCGUGGACGUCGGCAAUGUCCACGUCUUGGGGGACGAGCAGACGAACACGCGCAACACCGCCGCCCACAAGACUUUCACGAUCGUCACCGAAGGCAACGGCAAAGUCGUUUCCGCGACCGUGUCGAUCCCCAAGUUUCGCAUUGUGCAAUCGCGCUCAGGCUCGGAUCGCCACGCGCAGUAUUUAAUCACUCUCUUGCUGGGAAAGGAGCUGUACGCCGACUGGCGGCGGUACUCUGAGUUUGGGGAGUUGGUUAAGACGCUGGACGAGAAGCGCUACACAAGGACGCAAGACGUCUGGGCAGGUAUUGAAACGCGCUGGUUCAAUCGACUUGAGCCGUCCUAUCUGCAUCAAAAGUGCAUCACACUUGAGAACUUCAUGCGCGAGCUCAUGUACGAAUCAAAUGAGCCGACUUUGUUGAUCAACUUCCUUGGCGGGUACCUGGGAAAGGUGAAUGCAAGGCCGACGGACCCCGUGGCGUACCGUCCAGCUGCACAGCUACCGAAGGAGCUCCGUCCACCGCAGCCGAGACACGAGCGAGAGCUGUUUGAGAAGAUGUGGGCCGAAAACUUUCAACGGUCACGCGUAGACUACUCUACAAAUGAGCCUUCCGACCAGACCGCGAGCUAA